AUGAGGGGCUAUGGCUCAGAUGGCGCGGAGCCCACACCACUCCACCGCCUGUCCACGGUGGCCUACUUCAUGGGCAGCAGCAUCCUCGUGCAGUACACCACCAAGGCCAUCUUCUCCUCCUACGGCUUCCACUUCCCGCUCACGGUGGCCUUCCUCCAGAUGCUCUUCAUCGCCCCCGUCUCCUAUGCCAUCGCCCGCCCGGAGCUGAGCUGGCAGCUGGCCCGGGGUCUCAGCCCCCUGGCCCUGGUCAACGUGCUGAACGUGGUGGCGGGGCUGGUGGGCACCCAGGGCCUCAACGUGCCCAUGUUCAUCGCCCUCCGCCGCUUCACCCUGCUCAUCACCAUCCUGCUGGAGCGCUUCUGGCUGCACAAGUCCCACGACUGGCCCACCCUGGCCGCCAUGAGCAUCAUGAUCGGGGGAGCGCUUGUGGCGGCUUUCACGGACAUGAGCUUCAACAUGCGGGGGUAUGCCGCGGUGCUGGCCAACGACCUGCUCACCUCCCUCUACCUCAUCAUGGUGAAGAAUAACCCUGCAUCGCACGGCCUGUCGACCACAGGCAUGCUGUUCUACAACAGCGUGCUGUCGCUGCCGCUGCUGGGCGGCGUCCUGCUGCUGCGCUCCGAGGUGUGGCGCGUGCUGGCCUACCCGCUCCUCCUCUCCCCCCAAUUCCAGACCGCACUCUUCCUGGCCAGUGCCAUGGGCCUGACCAUCAACCACUCCACCAUGGUAUGCACCCGUGUCAAUGAGCCGCUGAUGACCAGCGUGGCAGGCAACCUGAAGAACGUGCUGAUGACGGUGGUGGGCGCGCUGGCCUUUGGCGACUUCGUCUUCUCGCCCUGGAACGCGGCGGGGCUGGGCGCCUCCAUGGCCGGUGCGGUGUGGUACGCGACUCGCAGCGCCUUUAAGGCGCGCCAGCGCGCGCUGAAGACCAGCCUGCUGUCACAGUCGGGCAGCCUGGCGCCGCUGCUGAACGCCGCGCUGGCGCCCGGCGCACCCGGCGCGAUCCCGGAAGGCGACUCGCCGCCGCCCACGUCGGCGCAGGCGGCCGCCGCCGCCGAGCUCGGCGCCGCGCUGGGGCCACGCGACGCAAAGCGGGGGUGA